GGCCAUCAUGAGUUCGGAUGCAGAGAUGGAGGUCUUUGGCCCAGCGGCCCUAUUCCUCCGGAAGCCAGCAAAGGAGAGGAUUGAGGCCCAAAACACUCCUUUUGAUGCCAAAUCAGCUUACUUUGUGGUUGAGCCUAGUGAAAUGUAUCUCAAAGGGGUGCUUCAAAGCAGAGAAGGUGGCAAAGCCACUGUUAAAACUCUUUGUGGAAAAACCAUCACUGUGAAAGAGGAUGAUAUCCACCCCAUGAACCCUCCAAAGUAUGAUAAGAUUGAGGACAUGGCCAUGAUGACCCACCUCAACGAGCCUGCUGUGCUGUAUAACCUCAAAGAGCGUUAUGCAGCAUGGAUGAUCUAUACCUACUCUGGGCUCUUCUGCGUCACUGUGAACCCCUACAAGUGGCUCCCAGUGUAUGACUCUGCGGUUGUAACAGCCUACAGAGGCAAAAAGAGGAUUGAGGCUCCUCCUCACAUCUUCUCCAUCUCUGAUAAUGCCUAUCAGUCCAUGCUCACUGACCGUGAAAACCAGUCAAUUCUGAUCACUGGAGAAUCUGGUGCCGGAAAGACUGUAAACACCAAACGUGUUAUCCAGUACUUUGCGACAAUCGCAGUGGCUGGAGGACAGAAGAAAGUGGAGCCUGCAGCUGGCAAAAUCAAGGGGUCGCUGGAAGAUCAAAUCAUUGCAGCCAACCCUUUGCUGGAAGCAUAUGGUAACGCCAAGACUGUGAGGAAUGACAACUCCUCCCGCUUUGGUAAAUUCAUCAGAAUCCAUUUUGGAACCACUGGAAAGUUGGCUUCUGCUGAUAUUGAAACAUACCUGCUGGAGAAGUCUAGAGUAACAUUCCAGUUGUCAGCUGAGAGGAGCUACCACAUCUUCUAUCAGCUAAUGACAGGCCACAAGCCAGAACUUCUUGAGGCUCUCCUGAUCACCACCAACCCCUUUGACUAUCCUAUGAUCAGUCAGGGUGAAAUCACAGUCAAGAGUAUUGAUGAUGUGGAGGAGUUUAUUGCCACUGACACUGCUAUUGAUAUAUUGGGCUUCAAUGCAGAAGAGAAAUUGGGCAUCUAUAAAUUAACAGGUGCUGUGAUGCAUCAUGGGAGUAUGAAGUUCAAACAAAAGCAGCGUGAGGAGCAGGCUGAGCCUGAUGGCAAUGAGGAGGCUGAUAAAAUCGCCUACCUCAUGGGCCUGAACUCUGCAGACAUGCUUAAAGCUCUGUGUUACCCCAGAGUCAAGGUUGGAAAUGAGAUGGUGACCAAGGGACAGACUGUGCCGCAGGUGAACAACUCAACUAUGGCCCUUUGUAAGUCUGUCUACGAGAAGAUGUUCUUGUGGAUGGUUGUUCGUAUCAAUGAGAUGCUGGACACAAAGCAGCCCAGACAGUUCUUCAUUGGUGUGCUGGACAUCGCUGGAUUUGAGAUCUUCGAUUACAACAGCUUGGAACAGCUAUGCAUCAACUUUACCAAUGAGAAAUUGCAACAGUUUUUCAACCACCAUAUGUUUGUACUGGAGCAAGAGGAGUACAAGAAAGAAGGGAUUGAUUGGGAGUUCAUUGACUUUGGUAUGGACUUGGCUGCCUGCAUUGAGCUCAUCGAAAAGCCAAUGGGCAUCUUCUCCAUCCUUGAAGAGGAGUGCAUGUUCCCCAAGGCAUCAGACACUACCUUCAAGAACAAGUUGUAUGACCAGCAUAUUGGUAAAACCAAGGCUUUUGAGAAACCCAAACCUGGCAAGGGCAAGGCAGAAGCCCACUUUGCUCUGGUGCACUAUGCUGGCACUGUGGACUACAAUAUCACAGGCUGGUUGGACAAAAACAAGGACCCCUUGAAUGACUCUGUUGUUCAGCUCUACCAGAAGUCUUCAGUCAAACUGUUGGCUCUGCUGUAUGCAACUCAUUCAUCAGACGAUGAUGCUGCAAAAGGCAAGAAGGCUGGUGGUGGAAAGAAGAAGGGUGGUUCCUUCCAGACUGUGUCUGCUCUGUUCAGGGAAAACUUGGGCAAGCUGAUGACUAAUCUAAGGAGCACUCACCCUCACUUUGUGCGUUGCUUGAUUCCAAAUGAAUCUAAGACACCAGGUCUGAUGGAGAACUUCCUGGUCAUCCACCAGCUGAGGUGUAAUGGUGUGCUUGAAGGCAUCAGAAUCUGUAGGAAGGGCUUCCCCAGCAGAAUCCUUUAUGGUGACUUCAAGCAGAGAUACAAAGUACUGAAUGCCAGUGUCAUCCCUGAAGGACAGUUCAUUGACAACAAGAAGGCUUCAGAGAAGCUCUUAGGGUCUAUCAAAAUUGACCACACUCAGUACAAAUUUGGGCACACAAAGGUGUUUUUCAAAGCUGGUCUGUUGGGUAUCCUGGAGGAGAUGAGAGAUGAGAAGCUGGCAACUCUGGUGACCAUGACUCAGGCUCUCUGCCGAGGUUAUCUCAUGAGGAAAGAAUUUGUCAAGAUGAUGGAAAGGAGAGAAUCAAUUUUUGCCAUUCAAUACAAUAUUCGCUCAUUCAUGAAUGUCAAAACAUGGCCAUGGAUGAAGCUGUACUUCAAGAUCAAGCCUCUUCUGAAGAGUGCUGAGACUGAAAAGGAAAUGGCCCAGAUGAAGGAGACCUUUGAAAAAACAAAGGAGGAUCUUGCUAAGGCACUGGCCAAGAAGAAGGAACUUGAAGAGAAGAUGGUUUCUCUGCUGCAGGAAAAGAAUGAUCUGCUGUUACAAGUUCAAUCUGAAAACGAGAACCUUUCCGAUGCUGAGGAGAGGUGUGAAGGGCUCAUUAAGAGUAAGAUCCAGCUCGAGGCCAAACUCAAAGAGACAACCGAGAGGCUGGAGGAUGAGGAGGAGAUGAAUGCUGAGCUGACAGCCAAGAAGAGGAAGCUGGAGGAUGAAUGUUCUGAGCUGAAAAAAGACAUUGAUGAUUUAGAGCUCACUUUGGCUAAAGUGGAGAAGGAGAAACAUGCCACUGAAAAUAAGGUCAAAAAUUUGACUGAAGAGAUGACAUCACAAGAUGAGACCAUUAUCAAGUUAACCAAGGAGAAGAAAGCCCUCCAAGAGGCCCAUCAGCAGACUCUUGAUGAUCUCCAGGCAGAGGAAGACAAAGUCAACACUCUGACCAAAGCGAAGACCAAGCUGGAGCAGCAAGUGGAUGAUCUGGAAGGUUCGUUGGAGCAAGAGAAGAAGCUCCGCAUGGACCUUGAGAGAGCUAAGAGGAAGCUUGAGGGAGAUCUGAAACUUGCUCAGGAAUCCUUAAUGGAUCUGGAGAAUGACAAACAACAGUCAGAGGAGAAGAUUAAAAAAAAAGACUUUGAGACAAGUCAACUACUCAGUAAGAUUGAGGAUGAACAGGUUCUUGGAGCUCAGCUUCAGAAGAAAAUCAAGGAACUCCAGGCCCGCAUUGAGGAGCUUGAAGAGGAAAUUGAGGCUGAUCGUGCUGCCAGGGCCAAGGUGGAGAAGCAGAGGUCUGAUCUCUCGAGGGAACUUGAGGAGAUCAGUGAGAGACUUGAAGAAGCUGGAGGUGCAACAUCUGUUCAGAUUGAGAUGAACAAGAAGCGUGAGGCUGAGUUCCAGAAGCUGCGGCGUGAUCUUGAAGAGUCCACCCUGCAGCAUGAAUCAACAGCUGCUGCACUUCGCAAGAAGCAGGCCGACAGUGUGGCCGAACUGGGAGAGCAGAUCGACAGCCUUCAGCGUGUGAAGCAGAAGUUGGAGAAGGAGAAGAGUGAAUACAAGAUGGAGAUUGAUGACCUCUCCAGCAAUAUGGAGGCUAUUGCUAAAUCAAAGGGUAACCUUGAGAAAAUGUGCCGCACCCUUGAGGAUCAGCUAAGCGAAUUGAAAACCAAAAAUGACGAACAUGUACGUCAAGUCAAUGACUUGAGUGUGCAAAGAGCAAGGCUUUUGACUGAGAAUGGUGAAUUUAGCCGUCAACUGGAGGAGAGAGAAUCUCUUGUCUCCCAGUUGACCAGGGGUAAACAAGCCUACACUCAGCAGAUUGAGGAGCUCAAGAGACAAAUUGAAGAGGAGGUUAAGGCAAAGAACGCCCUGGCUCAUUCAAUGCAAUCAGCGCGCCAUGACUGUGACCUGCUCAGAGAGCAGUUUGAGGAGGAGCAGGAGGCCAAGGCUGAGCUGCAGCGUGGCAUGUCUAAGGCCAACAGUGAGGUGGCUCAGUGGAGAUCCAAAUAUGAGACUGAUGCCAUCCAGCGCACCGAGGAGCUUGAGGAGGCCAAGAAAAAGCUGGCCCAGCGUCUUCAGGAUGCAGAGGAAUCUAUUGAGGCUGUGAAUUCUAAGUGUAGCUCUCUGGAGAAGACCAAGCAGAGACUGCAGGGUGAAGUGGAGGACCUCAUGAUUGAUGUAGAGAGAGCUAAUGGUCUGGCUGCAGCUCUUGAUAAGAAACAGAGAAACUUUGACAAAGUUAUAGCAGAGUGGAAGCAGAAGUUCGAGGAGGCUCAGGCAGAACUGGAGGGGUCUCUGAAAGAGGCUCGCUCCCUCAGCACGGAGAUGUUCAAGUUGAAAAACUCCUAUGAAGAAGCCCUAGACCACCUGGAGACACUUAAGAGAGAAAACAAGAACCUUCAACAGGAGAUCUCUGACCUCACUGAACAAAUUGGUGAAACUGGAAAGACCAUCCAUGAACUAGAAAAAGGAAAGAAGACUGUGGAGACUGAGAAGGCAGAAUUCCAGACAGCUUUGGAGGAGGCAGAGGCUACACUGGAGCAUGAAGAAUCCAAGAUUCUUCGUGUCCAGCUGGAGCUCACACAGGUUAAAGGUGAAGUUGACAGGAAGCUGGCUGAGAAGGAUGAAGAGAUUGAGCAGAUCAAGAGGAACAGCCAGAGAGUGAUUGACUCCAUGCAGAGCACACUAGACUCAGAGAUCAGGAGCAGGAAUGAUGCUCUGAGAGUGAAGAAGAAAAUGGAGGGAGACCUCAAUGAGAUGGAGGUCCAGCUGAGCCAUGCCAACCGUCAAGCUGCUGAAUCUCAGAAACAAUUGAGGAAUGUCCAGGGACAUCUCAAGGAUGCCCAACUGCACCUUGAUGAAGCUUUGAGAGGACAGGAAGACAUGAAGGAGCAGGUUGCCAUGGUCGAGCGCAGGAACAUUCUGAUGCUGGCUGAGAUUGAAGAGCUGAGGGCUGCCCUGGAGCAGACAGAGAGAAGCCGCAAAGUGGCUGAGCAGGAGCUGGUUGAUGCUAGUGAGCGUGUGGGACUGCUUCAUUCUCAGAAUACAAGUCUCAUUAACACCAAGAAGAAGCUGGAGGUCGACCUUGCCCAGGUUCAAGGUGAAAUAGAAGAUAUCGUCCAAGAGGCAAGAAAUGCAGAGGAGAAGGCCAAGAAAGCCAUCACUGAUGCUGCCAUGAUGGCAGAGGAACUGAAGAAGGAACAGGACACCAGUAGUCAUCUGGAGAGGAUGAAGAAGAACCUGGAGGUCACAGUCAAGGACCUGCAGCACCGUCUGGAUGAGGCUGAGAAUCUGGCCAUGAAGGGUGGAAAGAAACAACUCCAGAAACUGGAGGCUAGGGUCCGUGAACUGGAAUCUGAAGUUGAAUCUGAGCAGAGACGUGGAGCUGAUGCUGUUAAAGGCGUCCGUAAAUAUGAGAGGAGAGUGAAGGAGCUCAGCUAUCAGACCGAAGAGGACAAAAAGAAUGUGACCAGACUUCAGGAUCUGGUGGACAAGCUGCAGCUGAAAGUAAAAGCAUACAAGAGGCAGUCUGAGGAAGCUGAAGAGCAAGCCAACACUCACCUGUCCAGGUACAGGAAGGUGCAGCAUGAGCUGGAGGAAGCUCAGGAGCGUGCUGACAUCGCUGAGUCCCAGGUCAACAAGAUGAGAGCCAAGAGCCGUGAAAUUGGAAAGGGGAAAGAGGCUGAGGAAUGAACAAUGAAGUCACGAGUAACAGUACCAAGAGAUCAUAAAAUAUGAUUUUUGGUUGUUGUUCUUGCAUAUUAAACUAUAAAUAAAUCUGGAAGCUAUAAAUA